AUGGAAGAGCAUGGCGACCAGACGCAGCUGCUGCCUGACGACGUGCUCGCGGUCGUCCUCGCCCGCCUCGCUCCGCGCGACCUCGCCACGUCCCGGUGCGUCUGCAAGCCCUGGCGGGACACCAUCGACGCUCGCCGCAUCCUUCGCGCCGACCUCCUCCCGCACUCGCUGGCCGGCUUCUUCAUCAACUUCAACGACCUCAGGUACUCAGAGUUCUUCUCCCGCCCAUCAUCACCCUCUCCGUCCGAGGGGCCCGGGAUCCAAGAGAAAGAGCUCAUCUACCUCACCAUGCAAGCUCACUGCAACGGCCUUCUCCUGGUCCGCGACACGGUGGCAAACCCGGCCACGGGGUGGAGGGCACCUUUGCCGCCGCCGCCGCCCAAAACACCGGGGAUGGAGUGCUUCAUCUAUGACGCCUACCUUGCAUAUGAUCCUACGCUGUCGCCUCACUAUCAAGUCCUUCUCCUACCUCGUGUUCCCUACAUCGAGCUUGACAUAGAACCGGACGAGUACCCGUUGAACAUGGUUGACCCGGCAAUGUUUGAAUUGGAAUGGCCGCCAUCAUCGUGUGUGCUGCGUGUCUUCUCAUCGUUCACCAAGCGAUGGGAGGAAAAAGCUUUCUCUCGGGUAGGAGAGGCUGCAGGAACCGUUCUUGAAUUGGGGAUAGCAGAUAUAGGGAAUGAUUCCACCGCCGUCUACUGGCAUGGCGCACUCUAUGUGCGAUGCCAAAAAGGUUUUGUUAUGAGGUUAUCGUUAUCAAGCAACACAAUCCAAGUAAUUAAACCACCUGGAGAUCUUGAACCCGAGAGCUGCGAAAUUAUGCAUCACCUCGGAAAAUCUAGAAAGGGUGUGUAUUACGCAUCAAUUAAAGAUUCAUACCGACUUCAGGUAUGGGUUCUCAACGAAUCAUGCGCUUAUACUAAGUGGGAGUUGGAGCAUGAUAGGCACUUCAAUCUACUGCUAAACGACGGCCAACAAGUUUAUGGGCCCUGGAUCUUGCAAGAUGUUAACUACAACAACGAAGAGUAUAUCAAUGUUAACGGUGACGAUGGCACCACGGUAGUAGAAGGCAAUUUCAGAUGGGACUCUGAUGAUGAUGAGGAGGAGGGGGACGCAAAAGAUUUGGUGGACAAAUUCAACGGUGGAAUUUCAAUCCUUGGAUUUCAUCCUUUCAAAGAAAUUGUCUUCCUUAGUGCAGAUUUGAGUAGAGGACUGGCAUAUCAUUUAAAUACCUCCAAGAUUCAACACCUUGGUAACUUAUGCCCAAAGCAUUACCACGGGAUUACUCGACAUGGAUUUAUCAGAGCAUCUUUUCCUUAUACGCCUUGUUGGAUGGAAUAG